AAACAAUUUUGUGAAAUUUCUUGACCAGCACGAGCCACAACUUUCAACACCUCGCGACUUCAAUUCCUAACCACCAACCCGCCCAAUCCCACACUCCUUUGCGACAUUAUUCCAUUUGAGAAACAACAAAAGCCGCAAUCAUGAGUGCCUCUCUCAACAAGAUCGCGCCUAACAGCCCGUCGCGCCAGAACCCGUCGGAGCUCGAGACCAGCAUUGCUGGUGCUCUUUACGACCUCGAGACGAACACCGCCGACCUCAAGGCUGCCCUCCGACCCCUGCAGUUCGUCUCUGCCCGAGAGAUCGAAGUUGGCCACGGCAAGAAGGCUAUUGUCAUCUUUGUCCCCGUCCCUUCCCUACAGGGCUUCCACCGAGUCCAACAGCGACUCACCCGUGAGCUUGAGAAGAAAUUCUCUGACCGCCACGUCCUGAUCCUCGCCUCGCGCCGUAUCCUCCCGCGACCCAAGCGAUCUGCCCGCUCUCGCAACACCCUUAAGCAGAAGCGACCCCGUUCGCGAACUCUGACCGCUGUCCACGAUGCUAUCCUAAGCGAUCUAGUCUACCCCGUCGAGAUCGUCGGCAAGCGUCUACGAACCAAGGAGGACAACAGCAAGCUCCUCAAGGUCAUUCUUGACGAGAAGGAGCGUGGUGGUGUUGACUACCGUUUAGACACCUACUCUGAGGUCUACCGCCGUCUGACGGGCCGAACCGUCACCUUCGAGUUCCCUCAGUCCGGCGCUGCUGAGUUUUAAGCAGGGUUGAUAUCAUCAUCUGGGCUGGUCCGGUCUGGUUAGGGGGAAGUUUGGCAUCUGAUUCGUCUUUCAUUCGGUAAUGACAGCAUGGCAAAUCUGGUGAGCCAAAAAAACAUUACUGGCACGGCGUCUAGAUAGCUUGUACUCAAAUUGACAAGCUGGUUUUUAUGAAGGCAAAUCACAAACAAAUUAAUGAACCGCUUUACUCUUUCGU